ACGAGUCAAAGUGCCAUCACUAAUAACAUUUUUAUUUCACACGGUUCGAUCGAAUUUAAUCAGAAUCAUAAUAAUUAUAGUAUUCACGAAAAAUGAGUGUCUUAAAGCAAAUGUACAAAAUCAGCACAGGUCUGGGAAGACGUUCCCUGUGUGCCACGGCAAGGAAAGUAAAAAGCGCAGCGUUUGAGCGCCGGGAAGUUCGGUUCGAAACGCAACUACUGGCUGCAGCAGCCAACACAACAAAAUCAGCUGUUUUUGGAAGAAGCAACAACAAUAACAACUACACGUGCAUCUGCAGGACUUUUCAUACAAGUAAUUCGGUUCAUGAUGCGGACAAGACGGUGGCCACCAACAGCAUUCCCCUGGCCGAGCUGCAGACCAAGAUGCAGCUGAUCUACACGUGCAAGGUGUGUCAGACGCGGAACAUGAAGACCAUUUCGAAGGUGGCCUACAACCGUGGCGUCGUCAUUGUCACCUGCGAGGGCUGCUCCAAUCACCACCUCAUCGCCGAUAACCUCAACUGGUUCACGGACCUCGAGGGCAAGCGCAACAUCGAGGAGAUUCUGGCGGAGAAGGGCGAGAAGGUGAUUCGCCUGGUCGACGGUAACUGCGAAUUCCUGCCUAAAACUGAUUAAACAGAGAUCUUGCCCGCCGGGCUGCCGUUUUAACUAUA